AUGACUAAUUCGAUCAAAGAGAAGCAUACCAACAUGCAACCCGACCAGGACUGUACUUUCAACGAGAAUCGCUCGGAUAGCAAAGAUGAGAGCCAGUUUCCAACAGGUAUCCGACUGGUCACUAUCAUAGCUUCAAUUUUACUUGCUAUGUUUCUCGUCGCGUUGGAUCGCACUAUCAUCGCUACUGCAGUUCCCAAAAUAGCGGAUCAAUUCAAAGCGCUAGGAGAUAUAAGUUGGUAUGCCAGUGCAUAUCUCCUGACAAGUUGUGCGACCCAGUUAUCCUGGGGCAAAAUCUACACCUUCUACUCAACAAAGACAAUAUUCCUCAUCGCAAUCACCAUAUUCGAAGUCGGAUCCGCUCUUUGCGGCGGUGCCCCGAAUUCCCAAGCCUUCAUUGUCGGACGUGCCAUCGCAGGAAUUGGCUCAGCAGGUAUCUUCUCGGGCACUACGAUCAUCAUUGCACAAAUUGUGCCACUAGCGAAACGACCCAUCUACGUCGGUCUCAUGGGCUCCAUAUUUGGGUUCUCGUCUAUCAUCGGACCUCUCCUCGGUGGAGCAUUCACAGACAACGUGAGCUGGCGCUGGUGCUUCUUUAUCAAUCUUCCAAUCGGGGGAUUUACCCUGGUUGUCCUGUCCUUUUUCCUGUCGAUCCCCCACACACCAAAACCAGGGACCUGGCAGCAGCAGAUCCUACGUUUAGACCCACUCGGCACCAUUUUGUUUCUGCCUUCUGUCAUCACCUUCCUGCUCGCACUGCAAUGGGGCGGUACGAUCUACCCCUGGAAGAACGGCCGCAUCAUUGCACUAUUCGUUAUCGCUACCGUUUUAAUGGCCGCAUUUAUUGCCGUGCAAGCAUGGCUGAAGAAAGACGCAACCGUUCCACCUCACAUCUUCAAUCAGCGUAGCAUUAUGAGCGGAGUCGUAUUCGCAAUGUGUAUCGGAGGCGGAAUGAUCUCCAUGCUGUAUACACUUCCAUUGUGGUUCCAGGGCGUACGCGGGACAUCGGCGGUGAAAUCGGGCAUCGACACGAUCCCGCUAGUUCUUUCGCUUGUUGUUGGAACUAUCGUCUCUGGUGCUAUCAUCACAAGAACAGGAUACUACAACCCGUGGAUGUUUGUCGCAGCUUUUCUCAUGUCGACAGGCGCGGGAUUGAUGACCACUUUCACUCUGGAAACCAACCACUCCGCCUGGAUCGGGUACCAGGUGUUAUUUGGUUUGGGUAUUGGCACUGGAAUGCAGCAGGCGUCGCUGGCAGCACAAACUAUUCUCCCUACUGAGGAGGUUGCCAUUGGUGUAUCGCUUAUGUUCUUUGCUCAAUCGCUUGGUGGGGCUGUUUUCAUUGCUGUUGCUCAGGCGCUGUUUCAGAAUUACCUUGACGCCAAUCUGCCUCUUAUCUCUGGCAUUGAUGUGGCUGAUGUUCUGGCUGCUGGAUCAACGGGUCUUUCCGAUGCUGUUCCGGCAAACAAGUUGAGAGAAGUUCUGGUUACUUAUAACGAUGGACUUCGUAGGUCGUUUGUCGUCGCCGUUGCUGUUUCUUGUUCGUUGAUUGUUCCGGCGUUGACCAUGGAAUGGAACACCAUAAAGAAAGGCGAGAAGGACGAGAGCGAUAAGACAUCCUGCUCUGCUUGA